AAAUAAUCAAUUUGUUUGUUUGUAUUUUUGUGUACACCUAUUCUUUGAGAGGAAAAGCUAAAAAACUGUAGAAAAGACAAGAUAACCUGUCUGAUACUGAUAUCGGUAACAGGGUACAAACUACGGGUGCCUAGGAAGUAGAAUAUCAAUUUCAUUUUUGCUACUUUAAUAUCCAAAAUACCAAAUUAUAUAGUAAGUUUAUGUUCUUUCGUGGAUAAGCUGAAAGCAAUGCAAAUUUAAGUGUAUGAUAAUUGAAACCCCACAAUGGAAGUGUACCGCCUGUGCUGCUGCUGCCAAGAGCUGGUGUGCCUGAAGAGUCUGUGGUCGGAGUACAGGUGGAUGGGCAGCACCGAGGUCUACGGGGACAUGUUACAGGACUGUUUUAAUUUAACUUGGCCACGGAUGGACCAUGCCAGUGAGCAGAUAUGUGAAGUUUGCAUCACACAGCUCAGGAAUGCUCUGCAAUUCAAGCAAAAAGUCUUGCACAGUCAAAACAGGUUGAAAGCUCAACUUUUAGAUAUAAUCCCGCCACUGAAGGAGGAACGCACAGAAAUUGCAAUAAAUGACGAAGAUAUAGACAGAGUGGCUGAUGACAUUGAUUUUAAUGCUGAUAGCGAAAUCUGUGGUACUGAUACUAUAAUAUCUGUUAAGGAAGAAGUGACCGAUAUAUUGAAAGAUGGCACUGGAGAAGAUCCACCAGAUAAGACCAAAGUUAGAAGAAAAAUAACUCGAUCAAAGACAACCAAUUGCCGGAAAGCCGUUAAGAAAAGACGAAAAGAAAUAAACAAAAAGACUUUAAAUUACAUCAAUCCUAGACAGAAUUUAGGGCUCAUUCUAGAACAUUCCAGUAUACUGCCUUUUAAGUCUAAUAAAGGCUACUUCAAUUGUUUUUAUUGUAACAAACAGUACGCGAGCUUCGAACAACUAAAAUUACAUGUUAUUGAAUUACACAACAACUUGAGCUUCAAAUUAAUAUUAAAAAGUAUAAGAAGACCUCGAGAUAGGAUAAGGGCAGAUGUUAGUGAUAUUAACUGUAGAUUAUGUAAGAAAAAUAUGAAAAAUCUCGACAUUUUGAUCGAACAUUUGACAGUUGAGCAUAAUGUCAAAUUCAAUUUUGACAGCGAUGCGAUAAAGCCUAGAGAUUGCAUUGUAGCUUAUGAUCUGAGUGAAGGCAAAUAUAGAUGUUACGAAUGCAAGGCAGAGUUCUUUUUCUUUAAAACUUUAACUAAUCAUAUGAAUGAACAUAGUACCGAUCAUGUCUGUGAUGUAUGCGGCCGAUGUUUCUUACUCGCAGACCGUUUAAGAGCCCACUCACAAUCCCACAAAGCGAGCAAAACAGUAAAAUGCGACUUAUGUGGCAAAAUAUGUGGUUCCAACAUGUUAUUAAAAAGUCACAUUCGAUAUAAACACAAAAAACUUUCAUACAUGUGCUCGAUAUGUGAUAAGUCGUUUCAGACGAGCCAAAAACGGAUGCAACAUUUCGAAGAAGUGCACAACCGAACUCCUUUGAAUUUAACCUGUAAAGUAUGUUCCAAGAAGUUUGAAUUACAUAAGAGUUUGUAUGCGCACAUGAGGGCGGAUCAUUUGAAUUUGAACAAAGAACGCAAAUAUGGCUGCGAUGUCUGUGGGACAAUGUUCAAGUCUAGAAAUUGUUUAUCUUUGCAUAUGGUUGUUCAUUCUGGAGAAAAAAACUACGAAUGUGAAAUUUGCCAUAAAAAGUAUGGUCGGAGGAAAACUUUGACGGAACAUUUGAGAAUACAUAUGAAUGACCGCCGGUUUGCCUGCAGGGCUUGUUCGCAGGCGUUCGUUCAGAAGUGUAGCUUGAAAAACCAUAUUCGGGUUCAUCAUAGCGAUAUGGAUUACGAACAACUUAUUGUUGAUAAAAAGUUGGAUGUGAAAUAAAUGAAGUUGUAUUUACUGUU